GCACCAGGGGUCGCUGUAGCGGAGGAAACUCUAGCCCGCUGCUUCCUGUGCGCUCUCUCUGAUCAUUCAACGCUCCGCCUCUCCUUUCUCUCUUCCUCGGCGACAUUGUAGUGACCGGUCGGCCCGUCUUCACCAUGUCAUCUCACAAGACAUUCAAAAUCAAACGGUUUCUUGCUAAGAAGCAGAAACAGAAUCGUCCCAUACCACAAUGGAUCCGUAUGAAAACUGGCAAUAAAAUCAGAUACAACUCCAAAAGGAGGCACUGGAGAAGGACCAAACUUGGCCUGUAAAGAGAAGUGGCCCCAACCCUCACUACACGUCCUGCAUCAAGACCUCAGAUGGCCCUUUGCUACCAAUCUGCCACAGACGUGUUCGCAAAGCUGUCUCACGUUGUGCAUAUUUUCUUUUAUAAACCUUUAUUUUCACAAAGAGUUUAUUGAAAGAAUUAAAACCGAAUAAUGGAAAGCUUUGUGUACAAUUAGUGUCCUCUUAGUUCUCGGUGCUUCUGUUUGAGAAAUUCUUGUUACUGGUGGAAAAGAGGUUCAUUAAUAAAUAUGAGAUUGCACACAG